CCGGCCCCUCUAUAGAGGCAGGGGAGGAGGGGACUCCGGCAGAGCGCCGCAGCCGCCGGGACCAGCAGCCCAGCCCUCCCCGCGCCCCGCCAGCAGCCCCAGCAUGGACCUCCGAGCCCUGGCUCUGCUCGCCUUCGCGCUGGCCAUCAUCUCCCUCUCGGAGGAGAAACCCGUCAGCCUGACUUACCGAUGCCCCUGUCGAUUCUACGAGAGCAACGUGGCAAGAGCCAACAUUAAGCACCUCAAAAUCCUCUCCACACCCAACUGCUCAAUUCAGAUUGUUGCAAGGCUCAAGAGCAACAGCAAGCAAGUGUGCAUUGAUCCCAAGUUAAAGUGGAUCCAGGAAUAUCUGGAGAAAGCUUUAAACAAACCACGUCAUCGCACUCAUAAAAAAAAGCAACAGAAGAAACGGGGCCCACUCUGCCCUUCCCGUGCAACACCACUAAAGUCUCCAGGGAGAAAGAAUGGAGGUUCAAGAUGUAAGAGGCAAGCAUUGUAAGCCGUCUACAGGAUUUCUUACUGUAGGACCCAGAGAGCAGAUAACCAGUAUUAGGGAAUGAAUACAUUUCACUGUUAUCAUGCAGCACAAAAGCAACGCUUCAUGCAUUUCCAGAGGUUUUUUUUUUUGUUUGUUUCUAUUUUUUUUGUGGGGUUGUUUUUGGGGGUGUUUUUUUUUUUUUUUUGCACAAAUUGGCUUGCUUUCACAGUGCUAUUUUUAUAUAGUAAGAUGUAACUAUUUGAGAAAAAUAUGUUUUUAUACAGGUCGGUUUAUUACCUAGCACUGAGGGCAGAUAUGAUUUUAAACUAAUCCUAUGUUAUUAUAUAAUAUUUUAUUUCCUUUGCUAUGUAGAGGUCCUGCUUUAUUUAACUCUCUUUUGGUUCAUGCAAGUCUCCUGGAUUUUAAAACCUAGAAGGACAUGAACUGUACAGUGCAAUGAUGUUGUGUUAGAAGUGGAGGAAUUCCUUCCCUCCAGAAGUCAUCGAGGCCAAGAACAUAGGAUGGCUAAAAAGCAUCAGACACUGAUGAAAGUGGGCAGCAUUACCAUGGGUGUCAUUUAUAGGUAUUUUGGGUGAGGGAUUAAACUCAGGCCUACCUGGCUAAAGCCCUUCCCUGAAGAUCAGAAGCCUUGGUGACAGCUAUGGGCAGCCAGUUCGAUGCACAUCUGGUAUUGCAAGGUGCUAGUACUUGGUUCGUAGUCGUCGUGUGUGUCAGGAGCCACAACACUGAUCUGAUGUCACCUGGCAUUUCCUAUGUUCCUGUGUUUCUGAUGACAAAUUUUAGCACAAAAAGGAAUGGGUUAUUAAAAGUCUAACCACACAAUCAUGUUGCAAGUUGCUAGAGGAGUCAGAUAUACUGCCACGCACCAGGUGUCUCUUCCCACCCGCCCACAGGAGGUGACUUCAGCUCGCCUGGCUGGCUUUGCACGACGUAGGGGGAGAUGCCUUCACAUGACCCUUCACCAACGAUGUUGUAGCCUUGCGGUCACACGCACCUGAGGGCAGUAACAUCUCUGAUAGCUCCGGAGACACCUAAAAGAAGAUGUCUGGCCAUAUAUUUGGAGAAAAGGGAUGGCUGGGGCAAAAGAAGGUCUGCCCAGUUUGUGGAGGGAGUGGUGUGUCUCGGGUGUGGAAAUGAAGGCCAGCACUCACUGUUCACCAGCGGUCACGGCUCUGUUUGCUGGCGAACAGGAUAGCCUUUGCCAUUUCCUUUGCAAAAUACACCCAGAGGGAGGUACCACUUUUUGUGCCAAUCCCCCCUCUCAGCCAGAAAUUUCUUUCUCCUGAUUGCUGCCAGCGUAUGCCGUAUCUCUGCUAUAUAGUGUUUGGGAAGACACCUGCAGUACUGUGAUAAUCAUGUUACCCUGUGCACUGGGGUCCAGGGGGAAGCAAACUUGUGCAGCACAGUGCUUAUGUUUGUAUGUCUCUGUGUGUGUAUUGUAAACAAAAAAUGUUGUAAGAUUGUAUUUCUUCUUUUUUUUGAGCGAGUUGCUUCAGAAGGAAUCUUCCCUCUUCCCUGUGUCCUGUGUCAGGAACGCUGAAAGGGAGACGGGUGUUUCGCUGAGCACUCCUUUUUGUGGCAAGCAUCUCUUGGUGCCAAAGAGGCACUUGGGCUAGCCAGGGAUUAACUUAUUUCCAUGUGGAUUCAGGUAAAAACCUUGUAAGUAAUUUCUUCUCUGCAAAACAAUGCUGUUGUGGAGAGUGUUUCAGCUGGGACCGCAUCACCUCAUUUGCUUUAAAGCAGAAACCAACUGCCGUGCCUAAAAUGUAUGUGUAUGUUAUUUUGACCUUCCUUCUAUUGUUAUCAUUACCAACCUGGUGCUUUAAGUAUAUUAAGUCUCUGUUUUGAAAGGUCUGGUACCACUGUACUCGGUGAGAAUUGGACUGUUGAUUUAAUGUGAGUAGGAUCAGAAUUUCUUUUAUAAGGCUAAAGACAAAAAGAACUUUUAUGAGAAAACUAGAGUUUCUUGUGUCUUCCCUGGACUGUAUUUAUAUCCUAGGGUCCAUCUCCUGUCCCACACAUGCACCUGCAAUUGCUAGCGGUUUGCUAGAGCUGGACACGUGAGUGUCAAAGCCAAGACCUUGGGGAAGUGUGGAAGAACCUUGGUUCUGACACAGACAUGGAACUUGUCCCUCUGACCCAGGAAGGUGCAUUCUUCACACAUGCUUCCCAUCCAAGCACACCUUGAGGUUUGAUCUGUUCCCGUUGGAGUAAACGGGGAGUUAAAUAAUCCUCUGAUUUUAGUUCAACAGCGUACCUUGAAAUGAUGAUAGGGGCCGUGAAGACUUUGUUUCUAAGGGAAACGUUGGUUUUCUAGUGAAAAGAUGGGGUAGGUAGACGUGAUUGUACCUCUGCUGCAGUCCUUGUCAACAGGGAGUGCAUCUGGGGUCAGCACCAGCAGGGAAAGGUCUCUGGGCACAUGCCAACCCCACACUACAGCCUGGGCAGAGAGAUUACUUUGACAGAAGCACUGAGAUGGGCAAUGCUGGAGCGCUGCUAAACCCUAGGGUCCAGGCUCUGGACAAUAUAGCCAGGUAGUGGAAGUACUGCAGGAAAUGGGGUCGCCUGUCAACCUUCUCUUCUAGGGGCAAACUAGUGAGCAUUGCAGGGGUAGGCUGUGCUUAAAGGAAGGGCAUUUGCUCCUGGGAGAGAUGCAUGAGUAACAGCAGGAAGGCAAGGGACUCCCUGCAAGGCUCGGGACCACUUUCAGUCAGGUGGUGGUUGUCUAGGUGCCUUAUGGGCUGCCUGCCUCAGGCAUUUCUUGAGGCUCACACUGUAAUCUGGGCCCUGACACUGCUGUGCUGGUGGUGAUUCACUGCUCACACAGCUGAGACCACCCAGGGCAUGGCGCUGCUCUUGGGGGCCAGCACCAGGUCCUUCCCUUGCCUGGGCAAAGUUGAGCAUAGUGUGAAUGCAGGGGUGGCACAGGCCUGGCCAAGAGUAACCGAAGACUUAAGUGAGAACCUGAUAAAAGCUUUCUCUUGCUUUAGAUCAAAAUCCAACUUGGAGCAGGAAGCUUUGCUUUUUGCCUGACAUUUGCUCGAUGCCUCAGGAAGAGCAGUCAUGGCCUUCACACUAGAGAAAUCGCUCCGGCGGCUGCCCCAAGCUCCUUGCGCUCCCUGUGCAUCACGCGCCGUUCCUCCCGUGCACGCUGCGGUCUUAGCAGGCUGAGAAGCGGCACUGCCAGAAACCCGUUCGGGGAGAGCACUAGGUUUUCCUUUCUGCCUUUAACCUGUUGACCAAAGACCAAAUCCAGGAAGGGAAAGAUGGGGAGAUGGGAGUGAUGCAGGGGCCACAUGUGAAGAGAAGGAGGGAAAAGAGAUAACACUGAACUGGUGCUGAAAAAGCAGCUUCCAUAAAUGUGAAAUCGUCAUGUGUGGUAUUUUUCAAAGUGCAGCUGUCAAAUCCUAUGGUUGGAUUAUUAUUAUUUUUUAAAUAGAUUGUAUUUAUUGCUGUGCCAAUUUUUUUUUUAUUUAUACUAGCUUUAUACUUGUAUGUAUGAAUAUCUUACCUAAAUUCUGCCUGAGGAAGGAUGAAGGGUGACUUUCUGAUGUGUUUUUAACCAAGGUGUUUGAGCAAAGGAGACUGUUCAUUUUGCAAUGAAGGCUAUAUUCAAAGUUAAAUAUACACAUUCAAUUGAAAAUGCAGUUUCUAUGCAAGUUAUUGUUGCUAUUUUCCCUUUGUUAGUAUCUAGAGGGUCCUUCUUUUCUCUGGCAACUUGUUUCGAGUGAUGUGAUUUAUAGUAACCAGGGGUUUCUGAGAACUCAUUACCAACAUGGCACCAAGACAAGCCUUGUCUGCAAAUGUAAAACUCUGGUGGCCACAGAGAAGAAAACAUGUAUCAUGAUGAAAGGGCUGCAUGAACCCCCCUUCUUCCACUUCUUAAGAACUCUGUUGUCAGAAUGUGGUAUAUACUGUACUUUAUAUUUUUGUUAAGUAAAAAGAAAUAUCUUCCCAAAUAAUGUGAAAAAGGGUUUAUAUUUGUGUUCCUGUAAGGCAGCUUUUACGGAGGAAUUAUAUUAUGCUUUUGAAAUUAUUCCUUUCAUAGACUAUUUUGAAAAUAAACACUUUUAUACUGUUGCAAUUUCUCCCAUAAAUUUGUAUGCACUUAAAAUUUUCUUAAUAAAAAUGUCUAUCUAAAUGAAA